AUGUCCUACCUGGAUGCCGCUCAGUCAAGUCGGGUCAGCCAGGCAUAUCGAACCCUUGGCUUGGUACCUAUCAGCUCUCAAUACCACUCUGGUGCAAGAACAUUCACAGCACAUCGACGCAAGAUUGCUAUUCAAGAUGAGAAGCUGGCUCUAUCACGAGAAGAGGCAGUGGAAGACCCGCGAUUAAGUACAGAAGAGUCGUUCCCAUUCAUGGAUCUACCAGCAGAAAUCAGAGUGCGAAUCUAUCAAUACGCUCUAGUACGACCGCGGAGACUGCAUCUCGAGGUCGCACGAACACCAGCUUUGGCUUGCGUGUCCAAGCAGAUCAGACAGGAAUGCCUCCAGACAUUUUUGCGGGUAAACAGCUUCCAGGCUUCAUACACAAGAGGCCUGGACAGAACCUUUGGUCUGAGUUUCGCAGAUGAGACUCUAGCAUGGCUGAAAACAUUACCCUUCACAGCAAAGAUGAUUCAAGACCUCAGAAUCACAUUUCAAGGAGAUCUCGGACAGGAGGCCACAGAUCAAUCGUCUUCCAAAUCAUCGCUACGGCAAAGGAAACCUGGGUCAAUCACUUCAACCGCUGGUGUCCGUUUUGCAUAG